AGGUAUAGUUGAGCGCACAUGCUGUUGUAAAUAUGUAUUUAAAAUGUUGUCGGUUAUUAUUGCUCGUUUUAGAAAAAUAAUUAGAUUUAAUAGUUUAUUUGACUUAUUAUUUUCAUCUGAAAUAAAUCUAAUUAGUUUUAUUUUUUUGACUGUACUGUAAACAUGAUGUGAAGUUUUUUUGUGUUUAGAUUAAUAUUUAAUGCUGAAAAUAGAGCGGCAUAUUACUCAAAAAUAUAGAAUGUAUGGUGAAGCAGCUAAGAUAAUGUACAGACCUCACUCAUCAGCCAGUCAUAAAAUCCGACAACAAUUUUGUUUAUUACCUUUGGCGUCAAUAGAAGCCGAUGAAAAUGACGAUGGGAUUGACAUUUUACAAGAUCUUAUCAAGAAGACUUGGUAUAUGUGGAGUAUAUCUGCAUUAUUCAAUUUCACUUGGAAUAAUGAACGAAUAUUGAAAUUAUACGGUAAAAGAUUACGAGAGGAAAUAGCAUCAAUGUUGCCUCACCACGAUGUUGCUUAUGAAGCAAAAUUUACAGUUACUGAAAAUAAUACUACUCAGUUGAAUGAAACUAAUCCACCAGCAAUCAAAAUUGAAGUAUACAUUAAAAAAUUGACUGAUGGAGUAUCAAAUUGUAUUUACACCGGUAUCUUAACAUCCUGGGGGCCUCUAAUUACUGAUUUAGAGAAUGAAAAAUCGACUAACUUGCCACUUUUAUUAUGUCGUGGAAACAAAACUGCUAUCAGAGCAGUUAAUAAAACUUUAAACAUAAUGUUUGAUUGUACGAUAAUACCACUUACAGCAACAGAAGAGGAUUUGCAGUGGUUGGCACCGGGAAUAUUACAUUCCAGUAAAGAUAGUUCAUCAAAAGGACAAGUUAAAUUAGAAUAUAAGAUUCCAAAUACUUCAAUCACAGAUAGUAUUAAUGUUACUUGUGAUGUAACAGCACUAAGUGGUCUGUGGAAGGCAAUUUGUGAUAACUCAGACUAUGAAAAUGGAUCAGAAGUUUUAUUAGAAGAAGUAAAAAAAUUUCAUGAAAUUCUAUUUGGACAGGCAUUAGUUGGUGCUGGUAUACAACUUGGUCUUUUAAAAUUAUUCAGAAUUACUUUUCCAACUUUUAAAGUAAUGGAUAACAGAAUUAACGUCAAAACAACAGAUGUCCUUCACAAAAUUUUGUUAUAUUUUAAUGAAAAAUCUGUUCAAAUAUUAUACACUAAUUUUGACUCGGUUACAAACUCAAGUGCUAAUUCUUUAACAGAAAAGUUGAGUUAGUUAACCAUGAAAACUAAAUUAAAUAUAAGCUAUAAUUUAUUAUAAAUAAAAAUUGUAAAUUA